AUGGCAUCGCCUUCGACAUCGAGUUGUAGUUCCAGCAAGCCGUUUUCGCAGUGGACAGUGAAGGAGCUCACCGAUUAUUUAAGAAAGAGAGGAGUUACGACAUCAGGGUACAACAAACAGAAACUAGUUCAACUUGCGACUGCUGUGGCCGAUAUCGCUUUGCCCCAAGACCCGGACCUUGCGAGCUUCGACUCCGCACGGUCGCUGCGGGAGAAGUUGGAGCGUGCGGGGUGCUCGUUCGACGACCCAAUGAAAAUCACCGGCUACACCGAGAACUUUGAAAGGAAUUUCCAAUGCGAUUUCGAUGAACCUGCGUUGUGCGGUUUCACCCAAGAUACAAGAGAUGAUCUGGAGUUUCUUCAUCAUAGUGGUUUGACUCCAACUGAAGGAACCGGACCUCGUGGCGACCAUACCUCAGGUUUCGGACAUUAUAUGUACCUGGAAGCAACGGGUGCAACGUUUGGUUCAACUGCCCGCCUCAUAUCUCCUCGCUUCAAUGGUAGCAGUGGUGAUGAUGAUGAUGAGGGGACCAACGGUGUGAAGGUCACCUUCUGGGUUCAUAAGAAUGGCCAGGAGAUGGGGAACCUUCGUUGUUUUCUUAUGAAUGCAACCACGGAUACAUCCACAGCGACUACGAACACCACCACUACAAUGCAACAAAUACUAGAAGUCCCUGGUGUACUCGGCACCGAAUGGGUGAAGAAAAAUGUGACGAUUCCUAGACCAUCAACAGAUUUUCAUAUCGUUUUCGAAGCAACAUGUGGAGCAUCUGCAGCUAGUGAUAUCGCUAUUGAUGACGUCACUGUGAAUGAUGACGUCAUUCCAGAACCAGCACCUAUUGAAGAGUUCAACUGUACUUUUGAGGCUGCAGGCCUUUGUGUAUUUUCUCAAGAUGGAACCGACCAGUUCAAUCUAGUCAAAUACCAUGCUGCUGAAAAUCCAAAUCCAUUUGCUAUGAAUAGAGAUCACACAUUUAGCAAUGGCACAGGGCAAUACUUGUCAGUCGAUGCGUAUAGCCGCUUUGGGUGGGGAUGGCGUCGUACAUCAUCGAGACAUUCAGCAGGGCAGGUUGCUCGUCUUGUAUCACCCAUGUUAGCUCCCGUGAAUGAAGGCGAAGACCCAGCAUGUCUUCUAUUCUGGUACCACAUGCAUGGAGGGGAUGGUGUGGGUCAGAUCAGGGUCUACGUCAAGAAUGAAUCCUCAGAGGAGUUAGGUGAUCCGCAAUGGCUCCUUGGCGGUGAACGAGGGAACGUUUGGCGCGCUGCUGAAAUCAGAAUUGAACAACUUCUUAAAUUUCAGAUUAUCUUCGAAUUUACGGCUGGAAACUUGGAGAAUAUUGCUAUCGAUGAUGUGAGCUUAUCACGCUAUGAUGUCCUGGAGAACGUGAGUAUAUAA